UUCCAGACUGAUAAUAGAUAACACGGAUAGCAAGUAGUCAUUCCACCUAUCAUCAGCAAUUUCCUCUUUGGGUGUUGUGUGCUGACCGGACAUCAUCCUUCUGGUCAUUAUAUAAUUAUUCCACUCAUCGUUAGCAGCGAUAGCGAGAGCAACGACGCUAAUACCUGUUUUUCGGUUCUGUUGAUCGGUUUUAUUCCUUUUAUCUUCUUUCGAAGCUAUGAUUCGACGAAGUCCACGGUUUUGGUUUCUCAAUUGUUGCAUUUCGCCACAGUCGGAAAUAGCCCGAAUAAGGAUAGAUCGUUCGAUGAUUGGCGGUCCAACGGAUUUCCGACACAUUGGACAUAUGGGUGCAAAUGAUCUCAACGCUACAUUUAACGUUGAUGCAGUAAGUACCUUGCUUAGAUCAAAGGGUGAUGAUUCUUUUUCAUUGCCGGUACCACAGCAUCUUCGGGCAAGUGAUGUACCGAUUAAAGCUCAGUAAUAUCUUCGAAUAUUUGUUUAUUAAUGAAUCAAGUGUUCUGUCACGAAAGAAGGAGAAAGAAGAAGUGAUGCUAAAGUCGACUUAUAUUACGUUUUCUUAGAUCAACAUGUAUUCGUUUCCUGGCGGUUUUUGUUAUAAAUUUCUACAGUGAUUCCC